UAUUUUCACAAGAUGAGUGACAUCAAUCUGACCCUGAGGUCACUGAGUGAGAAGGGCGAUGCUGACGGUGUGAAAAGGUCACUAGAAGUAGGAGCAGACGUCAACUCAACCACAAAGCAUGGGAUGACAGCCCUCCAUUUUGCCUCGAUUCAAGGCCACAGAGAAAUAGCAGCCAUAUUACUUCGGUCAAAAGCCAAUCCAAACUUGCAAAAUCAGAACGGUCAGACGCCCCUUGAGCUGGCUGCAGUCAAAGGUCAUGACGGUGUGGUCAAAUGUCUACUGGAGGCUGGAUGUGACGUAAACAGACAAACCAAGUUUAGUGGAAUGACAGCCCUUCACCUGGCAUCCAAGAAUUCACAUAAAGAUGUCGUCAAACUUCUCCUGUCUCACAAAGCUGAUCAGAGCACUUUAGAUCAGGUCAGGAAACCACCCGUUUAUUACGCCGGCGAUGAACCCACAGCACGUCUCUUUGAACAUCCGUACGACUCUCGAAUACUGCGAGAAACCCUGAAUGACAAACCAGGCGGAACCGGAGAGGCAGCGUCUGCUACUAAUGCAAUCAAGUCAGGCAGCGCAGCAAGUGACGGAUCUGAUAACAUGACCUCAUCCCAAAUUACCACAAUGGACGCAAAUGAUACGAGGCAAGAAAAUCUCGUCACAGGAGGGCGGCAGAGGCAUGAAAACGGCAAUCACGGAGCUAACAAACCACUAGGUGAUACUGUCAAUGAUAGGGGGCGCAACAAGGACAAAACUGUUAGGAAUAACAAACAACUUGGCGUUUCUGACCGUGAUGCUUCGCCGAACAAACUUCAAAGUGAGCGACCAAGGCAUGGACUACAGCCGCCCCGUGACCAGUCACCAAACAAAAUGCCAUCGAGUCCAAACACGACCAGAGGAAAGAGAGAAAACGGACAGAUCAAACACGAUUCAAGAGUUCCUCUAAAGAAUCAUAAAGUGGAGUAUUCAGAGGAUCAUAAGAAACGGAUGAAGAUGAACGUGUUUGAUAGGUUGAUGGGUGGAAAGAAGUGAUAGAGUUACUUGUAUGGGAAUGUUCAGAUCUAAUCUACUUACUCCGAGUACAAAAGUUCCACGAGACAACUACGC